AUGCGAUGUGCUGUGCUGCUGUUAUGCAUUCUGCCCUUCAGCACUGCUUGGCGCACGUCGGGAACCUUGCCCAAUUUGGAUAGUUUCAUUGAAUAUGUUGGAAAGUUUUGCUUUGACUUCAAGAAACAUGCGCCUGGAAUGGCUAGACCAGUUGUGGGCAACGUUGAGGUACUCCUGCGUGGACGAGUGGCUGAGGGUCCACCCUGCUAUGGGCUGAGACCCUGUGAGGCAAAUGGCCACCUUUACCUCAUUGUCUUCGAUGACGAAGAGGCUCAUGGCCAGCUUGUGCGACAUCGCUUUGGGCAGCUCAGCUGCGAGGAGAUGGUGAAUAGUGCCAGCUGGGCGCAGAUCAUCAAGCUAGAUCGCCGGGAAGAGUUCAGGAUGAGCGAGAACAUCACCGAGAGCAUCCGACCGAGGUUUUGGUACUUCACAUUUGCGGCUUGUGGCAUCAAAAUGGAAGUGCCAGCUUUCUUCGAGAUCCACGCCCAGAAUGUGUUACAGGGCUUCGAGAGCGAGUUUGGCAUGGACCAACAGGGCUCCUUGCUGCUGCAGGUGGCUGCGGCCUCAGGUUUUAUGGGUCUUUUUCUUGCGCUACGGAUGGGAAGCAAGGCAACGGGCUCCGAGGCGCUUCGGUCCAGGCCUUUGCUUCGGAUCCUUCUAAUCUCAUCUGGGUGUUCAUCCAUAGGCGCCUGUUGCUUUUGUAUGCACUGGGCGGUCUAUGCCUCGGACGGCACCGGGCUUUUAGCGAUGGAGGUAGCUGGCACUGGCCUGGUGGCUUUGGCCAAGGCUUUGCUGGCCAUUUUGCAACUGAUGCUUGCCAAAGGAUGGGCAUUGUUUUAUUCCCCGCAGCAGCUGUUGCAAAGGCAAGCCAUCGUGUCUGCAGUCUUGCUGAUCGUUGUGAUCUCCAUUCUCUGUGAGUUGCAUGAAGUUCUUUUUCAUGACUGGAGCGCCCGGAUCUAUAUGUACGAGAAUUGGUCGGGCUUCACCAUCUUGGUGCUGAACUGCCUCCUCUUCGCUGAGGCUUGGCGCUCCAUGCGGGACACCUUCGUGUUGGAGGGAACUGAAGAGAUACGGAGGUUUUACGUCUUUAUCUCCUUUGUUAGCAUUCUGUACUUUCUCACCUUGCCCUUGGUCUGCCUGCUGGCCUCCUUGCUUUCGCCCUGGGUUCGCGCCAAGUACGUGGAUCGCUGCGAGGUCGGGUGCCGCUUCUUGGCUACCUUGAUAUUGGGUCACUUGCUGAGGCCAUCAAGGAUGGAUGCCAUGCUCAAUGCGCGGAUGGAGGAGCCAGUGGAGACCGUGGGGGAGCCUGCUGAGGAGGGACAGAUCAUCUCCGCUGCGGGCAGCGUCCCGCUCACCGCUUCGUGCAGCCAAGGAGAUUCUGGGGACCAGUGUGGCGAUGGGGAGCUUCCUGCUGAGUGA